GAACGAAGCAUGUGAAACCCGAAUAAACUGCGUGCAGGUGUUUCAACGUACAGACGUCCUAAGGGCAGUUUAUCGCACGCCAAUGACGCUUUUGGUUGGGGUUGCGUGAGAUGGCAGAAUUUGUUUGUUGGUUUGUGUGUGUGUGUGUGUGUUUUUUUUUUGUUUUUUAAUUUGGACAAUGAAGAGUUCUGAUCGAAACCACUAUUCCAGUCCCAAGAUGAAUGUACAAUUGUUACCGAUUGUAGGCGUUAAUGUCUGAUUUGGAGGCCCGGUUUUAGAUUGUGAUUGGUGUUACUAUUACCUCUCUAUCGCUAACUAUCGCUGGACAGUUUCUUCCCCCAUUCGUUUGCUUGGUUUAAUGAUUGGACUAAACUUUAUCUACUCCUCCGUGGAUGGGUUAAUAUAUUAUGAUUCGUCGCGUUUUUUUUUUCGCAAUCACCUUCGCUGACUUGCUGAUGAGUAAUCUAGCCUCGCUAUCGGCGCCGCUGCGGCAUUCGGUUUGGGGGGAGGGGAGUGGCAGAAUUCGCCCGAAUCAGGGAUGUGCUUGAAACACGCUAGCCACUAACUAGUCAUCGGUUUUAGCCGGGGUUGGGCAGGUCGUUUGCAGGGAGCCCAGAAGUUUGCUGAAAACGUGCCCCACAGACAGGACGCACAGGCCGGCAAAAAGACUGGACUACGCUGCUGGACGGCACAAGGGUAAGGGUACGUGACGGGUACGUGACGGGGGCUGGUUGGUUUGGUUCUGCUCUAGUACAGCUACGGUCCACACGUCGCGGACGGCGAUCAGUCGGUUCGCCGCAAUGGAGAAGCUCGGUUCGAUGAUGGAGUACCGGUUGAAGACGCUGACAAGUUGGAUGGCGCGCUCCGGCAACGGUACGCUGGAAGAACUGCUGCACGACGCCUGCGACACGCUCGUGCUCUGGCCGUGGACAACCGGUCUGCUGUGGUACGGGACGCUCGGUGCCGCCCUCGCGUACGGAUUCUAUCUGUUCUACUAUCAAGCGAUGGUCUGGAAGCGGGAUCUCACCGAUAUCGGCUACAAUCACAUCCUGGAUACGGCACGCAUUGGCAAAAGCGACCGGAAGCGGGUCGACACGGUAAACCGAGCACGGCGUUUGCGCAAGAUCGGCGAUCGCUUACCACCACCGUACCCGAACGGUUGGUUCUCCGUGCUGGAGUCGGAAGAUCUCGCCCGCGGACAGGCAAAAAGCGUCGACUGUCUCGGCCAGAAUUUGGUCGUGUUCCGUACGGAUGCGGGCGAGGUGAACGUGCUCGAUGCGUACUGUCCACAUCUCGGUGCCAAUCUCGGUGUCGGCGGUAUCGUGCGGGGUGACUGUAUCGAAUGUCCGUUCCAUCACUGGUCGUUCAGUGGGCGUGAUGGGCAGUGCACCAACAUUCCGUACAGCAAAUCUGGCACAGUACCGAAGGUGGCACGGUUACGCAAGUGGCGCUCGCUCGAGGUGAACGGGUUCAUCUUUAUCUGGCACCAUGUUGACCCGGAAGCCGAACCGUGGACGUUCAACGUGGUACAGGAAAUCGAGGACGGACGCUGGGUGUACUACGGUAAGAACGAUUUUCUGGUCAACUGUCACAUCCAGGACGUGCCGGAAAAUGGGGCUGACGUGGCACAUCUCGCUGCCGUACACGGACCGAACAUGAUGUCCGGGAGCGACAUCCGAUAUUCACGACCGGCUUGGGCCGACUUCGGGAUGCACUCGUGGCUGGCAAGCUGGCAGGCACCGGACGAGGGUGAUCCGACACACGUCGCCAAAAUGGAUCUGGUGCAUUCGUUUCGAAUUUUCAACAAGUUUGAGGUGGGUAAAAUCGAUGUCCGUGCCUACCAGAUUGGGCCGGGCUAUGUGCAGCUGAUGAUGAACACGGGCAUGGGACCGUUUGUCGUGCUGCAAACGGUCACACCGAUAGAACCGCUCGUGCAGAAAGUUAUCCAUCGGUUCUACGCACCGCGCAACGUAUGGAAUGCAAUCUUCCAGAAGUUUGCCAUCUUGGCGGAGAGUAUCAUGUUCGAACGUGACAUGAUGGUUUGGAACCAUAAGCAGUUUAUCGACAAUCCACUACUGAUCAAGGAGGAUCGUCUGAUCAAGAGCUAUCGGAAAUGGUACAGCCAAUUCUACUCCGAAAACAGUGUCAGCUUUACGAUGGCUAAGGAAAAGCUUGACUGGUGAUGCAUUCCAGUGCGCUGGCAAAGCCACUGCCUCCAAAAUACCCCAAAUAUAUAAAACAUAGGUAUGUGUAUGGGUGCGCCCGUCAGGACUCAUUGGCUGACGUUGGCAGACAGCCCGAAACUAGCACUGGCUGCGGUACACAACGUACCGACAGACCGGGCAGUGAUCUUCUUGUACUUAGCGCGUUACGAAUCGACAUUAGGUUGAAUCUGCAAACUAUAGAUUAUAAAUUAUGGAGAGAGAACACAAAACAACAAACUCUCCCACCGCAAAAGGAAAUAAAAAGAAAAAAGAAACGAAUGGUAGCCGUGCUUAUCGGUGGGGAGAGAAUACCUACUAGGUGAAAAGUUACCGUGUUAGAGAUAGGAUUAUGAACAGAAUAAAGAUAAUCAGUUUUGUAUUUUAACGUAA